AUGGAGGGAACAGAAAAGAGAGAAGUCCUCUUCGAGACUCGUCGUCACGCUUCCAGGCCUUACACUUCCAAUUAUCCUCCUACAAUCACACAUCAGCAGCAACAGCUGAACGGAGGUUCUAGAGGAAGUUUCCUCUCGAGAUUGCUCCCUUCGCGAGGUAUUGCCCAACUUAAGGAGAAAUGGAGCAACUACAAGCAUCCAAGAAGAUUAAGGAAAAGUGCAUCCCUGUUUGUUUCCCCUGGGGGUGAUCUUGUCGCUGUAGCUUCUAGGAAUCAGAUAACAAUAUUGAGGAAGGAGGAUGACUACCAGGAACCUUGUGGGAUUUUUACCUGUGAAAACAAUGCUACGUUUAUGUUUGGGGUUUGGGCAGAGACUCAUGAUGUUAUUGGUGUUGUUGAUGAUGCUGACAUGCUUUAUCUAAUUAGAGCUAACGGUGAAGAAAUAACCAGAAUACCAAAGAGAUACUUAAAAGUUUCAUCGCCAAUAAUAGGCUUAAUUGUGCAAGAUGAUAUUAAUGUGAAGGCAUCAUGCUUGUGUACAUUUAGUGUGUUCACUUCAGAUGGUUCAGUUCAUGAUGUUGAGAUCAGUCAAGAUCCUAGUGCUUCAGUUUUCUCUGGAGUUGCCUCAACCAGUGACUCAAUGAAGAAGCAGCAGUUCCCUCAGCAUGUUGUCUGCCUGGAUUACCAUCCAAAACUGUCUUUGUUAGCUGUAGUAAACUAUGCUGGUAGUACACAAUCAGCAUCUAAUGGAUUGUACAGUGUUUCUCUCUGGCAGAAAAACAGGAACUUAGACCUAAAACUGGUGGCUUCUGCUCAAUUUGAGGGCUCAAAUUUCAUAGCAAAAGGAAAUGUAGAUGAAUUAGCACUGCCAAAGGUGCGAAUUUCGGUGCAAGGAAAAUCUGUUGCUAUUCUGGAUGUGGAAGGAUCUUUGGUUGCUUUUAAAUUUGAUAAUGAACACCAUUCUCUCUCAUUUACUCCUGGAGAGGGACAUGACUCAGAUAUAAUAAACAGUGAGCUAAAGAAACACUUGAAUAAGAUAGUGGAUUUUGCCUGGUGGUCUGAUGAUAUUCUUACCAUAGCGGCACGGAAUGGUAUUAUCACCAUGUUUGACAUGUAUGCUGGUGUUAAGUUAUUAGAGACUGAUACUAAAUAUUUGCUACCCCUUUUGGAAAGAUCACAGCAUCUCGCUGGAAAUCUUUUUCUAUUAGAGAGUAAGUCAUCUGCGGGGAGCUAUGACUUGUCUGAAGAAAGUGCUACAAGUGUGCAUCUCAUUGAACGGGAUGCUGUUGAUAUGAAUAACCAAUUUGAUUGGACCAAACUGGGUUGGACCUUGGUUUCCUUUUCUGAACGAUCUAUUCUAGAAAUGUAUGACAUACUAAUUGCUCAACAAGAGUACCAGGCUGCUCUCCAAUUUGCAGAACGCCAUGGGCUGGAUAAAGAUGAGGCACUGAAGUCACAGUGGCUGCAUUCUUCCCAUGGAAUAAAUGAGAUAAGGACAUUGCUUGCAAAUAUCAAGGAUAAAGUUUUUGUACUCUCUGAAUGUGUUGAUCAAUUUGGACCAACGGAAGAUGCAGUAAGGGCUCUACUUGAUCAUGGGUUCCGCCUAACAGACUCGUACCGGUUUUCCCAGUCUGAGGGUAUUGAGCAGGAUGAGAUUUGGGAUUUCCGUCUGACAAGGCUCAGAUUGUUGCAUCUCAAGGACAGGCUAGAGACAUUUCUUGGCAUAAACACUGGCAGGUUUUCUGUGCAGGAGUACACGAAAUUUUGUAAUCUGUCCAUCAAGGAAGCUGCCAUUGGACUUGGAGAAAGUGGAAAGAUUGGGGCACUAAACCUUCUCUUCAAACGCCAUCCUUAUUCUUUGACUUCUUGUAUGUUGGAUGUCUUAUCUGCUAUCCCUGAAACUAUUCCAGUUCAAACAUAUGGACAGCUACUUCCUGGGAGUUCUCCUCCUCCAAAUAUUACUCUAAGGGAAAAAGAUUGGGUUGAAUGUUUUGAGAUGGUUGCUUUUAUCAACAAACUCCCUGAGAAUCAUGAGAGCAAUAUUCAAAUCAGAACUGAACCAAUUAUCAAGCAAUCUAUGGGGUAUCAAUGGCCUUCAAUUACUGAACUAUCUUCAUGGUAUAAAAAUAGAGCCAGAGAUAUUGAUAACUUUAGUGGGCAGCUAGAUAAUUGCAUCUCCUUAAUUGACUUUGCUUGUCGGAAAGGCAUUCAUCAGCUGAAACCAUUUUUAGAGGACAUCUCAUACUUAAAUGAACUUAUUUAUAGUAAUGAAGAUGAAGACGCGAUGAAUUUGUCAAUGAGCCUUGCAACAUGGGAAAACUUAUCUGAUUAUGAAAGGUUCAAGUUGAUGCUAGUUGGGGUUAACGAGGAAAAUGUUAUUCGAAGAUUACAUAAUAAAGCAAUCCCAUUCAUGAAGAAGAGGUUGCACUCUAUGACUGUGGUUUCCAGAGAUGAGGAGCAACCCUCCACUUUAGUUAACUCAUCUGAGUCUUUUCUGGUUAGAUGGCUGAAAGAUAUUGCUUCGCAAAAUAAAUUAGAGAUGUGCUUAAUUGUGAUUGAAGAGGGAUGUAAGGAGAUUCAUAAUAAUUGUUAUUUCAUAGAUGAUGCUGAACUGGUAGAUUGUGCUUUGCAGUGCAUAUACCUGUGCUCUGUUACAGAUAGAUGGAGUACUAUGGCUUCCAUCUUGUCUAAACUUCCAAAUACAGGAGAGUUUGAUGAUGCACGUCUCAAGGAACGACUUAGACUUGCAGAAGGUCAUGUUGAAGCAGGAAGGCUUUUCGCAUAUUACCAGGUUCCAAAGCCUAUAAGCUUUUUCCUUGGAGCAGAUUCAGAUGGAAAGGGAAUAAAGCAGAUCCUUCGUCUUAUACUAUCCAAAUUUAUUCGUCGCCAACCAGUUCAAAUAGAUAAUGAUUGGGCAAAUAUGUGGCGUGAUUUACAAUAUCUUCAAGAGAAGGCAUUUCCCUUCAUAGACCUGGAAUAUGUCUUGGUAGAGUUCUGCAGGGGAUUGCUGAAAGCAGGAAAAUUUUCACUUGCUAGGAGCUAUUUGCGGGGUGCUGGUUCAGUAUCUUUGGCAACUGAUAAAGCAGAGAAUCUUGUCAUUCAAGCGGCACGGGAGUAUUUCUUCUCAGCAUCAAGUCUUUCGUGUUCUGAAAUCUGGAAGGCUAAGGAAUGUCUUAACAUCUUUCCAAACAAUAGAAGUGUGAUUGCUGAGGCUGAUAUCAUCGAUGCUGUUACUGUUAAACUUCCAAGUCUUGGAGUGAACCUCUUGCCAAUGCAAUUCAAGCAAAUCAAAGAUCCAAUGGAAAUCAUCAAGUUGGCAAUUACAAGUCAUAGUGGAGCUUAUCUGAAUGUUGAUGAAAUUAUUGAUAUAGCCAAACUUCUUGGGCUGAGUUCCCAGGAUGACAUAUCAGCUGUGCAAGAAGCUAUUGCAAGAGAAGCUGCAGUUGUUGGGGAUCUUCAAUUGGCUUUUGAUCUUUGUCUUAUUUUGGCCAAAAAGGGGCAUGGCUCUGCAUGGGAUUUAUGUGCAGCACUGGCAAGAGGUCCUGCUCUAGAUAAUAUGGAUAUUAGUUCUCGAAAACGACUGUUAGGUUUUGCUUUGAGUCACUGUGAUGGAGAAUCGAUUGGUGAGCUACUACAUGGAUGGAAGGAUCUUGAUAUUCAAGGCCAGUGUGAAUCUUUAAUAAUAAUGACAGGAAAAGAGCCUCAACCAAUCUCAGUUCAGGAUUCUUCCUAUCCUCUUCAUGGUGGCAAUAGAGUUGAGGAUAUCAGUUUAUUUGGUCAGGAUGCACAACUGAACCACAUAAAAGAUUUCCUUGUUCAGGUGGCAAAAGAUUUACAUCUAGAGGGUGAUGUUGGUCUUGAAUCAAUCCUUAGAGACAAUGGAAAAAUAUUAUCCUUUGCUGCUAUGCAGCUUCCUUGGUUGCUUGAACUAAGUCAAGUUGCUGGAAGUGGUAAGAAAUUCCUAUCAGGCUCUGUUUCUGGGAAGCAAUAUAUCAGUGUAAGGACACAAGCAAUAGUUGCUAUUUUGUCCUGGUUGGCAAGGAAUGGUUUUGCUCCAAAGGAUACUUUGGUUGCAUCUUUAGCUAAGUCAAUUAUGGAACCUCCUGUAACUGAAGAGGAAGACAUCAUAGGGUGCUCCUAUUUGUUAAAUCUUGUUGACUCCUUAAAUGGAGUGGGGAUAAUUGAAGAAAACUUGAGAACUAGGGAGAAUUAUAGUGAAAGAACUAGCAUUAUGAAUGUUGGGAUGAUUUAUGGUCUAGUAAACAACAGUGGAGCCAAGUCUGACGAACCUGCUCAAAGGAGAGAGCUGAUUCUAAGGAAUUUCCAACAGAAAAAUAAACCAAUCAAGUCAGAUGAAAGAGACAGAAUAGACAAAGCACAAUCCACAUUCUGGAAAGCAUGGAAACUGAAAUUAGAAGAACAGAAGCGUUUGGCAGACCAUUCAAGGGUUUUGGAACAAAUAAUUCCUGGUGUUGAAGCCACACGCUUUUUGUCUGGAGACACAGGCUACAAGGAGAGUGCCAUUCUAUCACUAAUUGAGUCUGUAAAACUGGAGAAGAAACAUAUUUUCAAGGAUGUAUCAAAUUUGGCACACACCUAUGGCUUAGAUCGAUGCAAGUUGAUCCUGCAUUACCUGAAGUCCAUAUUUCUUUCUGAGGCUUGGAGCGUUCAUGAUAUAAUUGCUGAAGUGUCAGAAUUUAAAGGAGAUCUGUGUGGUUGUGCUGUGGAAACUGUUAAAUGUUUUUCGUGGUCUAUCUACCCUUCACUUAAUGGGUAUGACAAGGAUCGGCUUGCUCUUAUGUAUAGCAUACUCUCUGACUGCUACUCACGGUUCACAGAACUAAAAGAACUACCACCCAUUAUGGAGCAAGAUUUUGUGUGUAGAACUUCUACUUGGUUUGCUCGCUUUUACAAGGUUGCUGAACAAGAAUGCAAUAGAGUGUCUUCUAUUAUGGGCUUAAAUUUUAAAAACAUUGCUGGAAUGCAAGGUUUGAAUUUAGAUUGCUUCAAUACUGAAGUCUGUGCACACAUAAAUGAAAAUAAUGUUGAUCUUUUGGCCAAGAUGGUUCAGAACCUUCUUGAUGUUUGUGAAGAUCCAGUGCCUGAUGGCUUCUUGUCAUGGCAGGAUGUCUAUGGACACCAUAUACUGGGUUUGCUGACAGCUUUGGAGACUAAAGGGAAAUCAGAAACUGAUCUUGAAAGCUCUGAAAAUAUACAUGACUUUCUGACUGAGCUUGAGCAGACCUAUGAUAUUUGCAGAAAGUAUCUCAAAUUCAUUUCCACCCCUUCUUUUAUUGACAUAACAAGGCGAUUCUUGACUGUGAUAGUGCCUGCUGUGAAAUGUUUGAAGCCUGAGUUUUGCAAUCCAGGCUGGCAGGUAUGCCUUGUCAUGUUUGUGGAUAUCUGGCUGAGAAUUCUGAAUGAUAUGCUGGAAAUUGCAUUCCUUGAAACUUCAUCUGAGAAGUUUGUUUCAGAAUGUCUAGUGAUAUGCCUUAAAACUUUUCGGAGCCUUGUUGUCCAAGAAAAAAUCUCACCAAGUCAGGGUUGGGUUACAGUUUUAUGUCUUCUUAGCUAUGGUCUUGUAUCUGAUGUUGCUGAAGAGAUCUAUAAUUUCUGCAGAGCUAUGAUACUCUCUGGCUGUGGGUUUGAAGCCAUUUCAGAUGUAUUUGCUGAGGCAAUAACACAGAACCUAUGUGAAAGAACAUUGAUCACAAAUGCGCACAAAGGUUUUACUGGUACACAGGAUCUUCAACAGCUCUAUCUAAUUAUCUUGAAUACCAUGUUACAAGAGUUGGCUAGCCAAUCCCUUGAGUAUCAGUGCCUACAUCACUUUUUGUCAUCUUUGAGCAGACUGGAAGGUGAUUUAGUGACCCUAAAGAGCAUAAGGCAGGCAGUAUGGGACAGAAUGGCUGAAUUUUCAGACAACAUAGAGCUUCCAAGCCAUGUUCGAGUUUACAUUUUGGAACUCAUGCAAUUCGUUGCAGCCUCUACUAGACAUAUGAAAGGGUUUUCUUCUGAGUUUCAGGCCAGUGUUCUUCCUUGGGAAGGCUGGGAGAAUAUGCAAAGUGCAAAUGCAAGUAGCAAGAAGCCAGUCGAUGAUGGGAUUCCAAACAGAGCAGAUGCAUCUAGCAGUCUCACGAACACUUUGGUUGCACUCAGGUCUACACAGUUGGUAUCGGCUAUCUCACCAAGCAUUGAGGUUACACCAGAAGAUCUUCUGACUGUUGAAGCAGCUGUGUCAUGCUUCGUUAAAAUUUGUUCAUCUGCUGUAUCCAUAUCCCAUGUUCACACUUUGCUAGAUAUUUUGAGAGAGUGGGAGGGUCUCUUCUCUGGUGGAAAGGUGGAAGCAGACUCGGGUGAUGUAUCUGAUGGUGGAAAUAGUUGGGGAAAUGAUGACUGGGAUGAGGGAUGGGAAAGCUUUCAGGAGGAUCUUGUUCAGCCAGAACCAAAGAAAGAUGAUGAUGCUUCUUUCUCUAUUCAUCCCCUGCAUGUGUGUUGGAUGGAGAUCUUCAAAAAACUACUAAUGCUGUCUCAGUUCCAGGAUAUGUUGAAAUUGAUUGACCAAUCCAAUGCAAAGAGUAAUGAAGUAUUGAUAGAUGAGGAUGGUGCUCGUAGUUUGAGCCAAAUUGCACUUGACAUAGACUACUUUCUAUCACUCAAACUGAUGCUUCUAUUUCCUUACAAAGCAGUGCAGUUGCAGUGCUUGGAUGUGGUUGAGCACAAGUUGAAACAUGAAGGCAUAUCUGAUAAAAUCAGAAGGGACCAUCAGUUUUUAGUUCUUGUUUUAUCAUCGGGAGUCAUCUCAACUAUCAUCACCAAUUCUUCUUAUGGCACAGUUUUCUCAUGCAUUUGCUAUAUGGUGGGGAACCUCUCACGUCAGUGCCAGGAGUCCCAGUCAUCUAAGAUUGCAAGUGGAGGGUCUGUUGAAGGUGACAACAUAAAAGACAUGCUUGUUUUUACAAAACUUGUGCUUCCAUGUUUUAUAUCAGAGCUUGUGAGUGCAGAGCAGCAGAUCCUAGCAGGACUUCUAGUCACUAAAUUCAUGCACACAAAUGCUUCAGUAAGUUUACUUAACAUUGCAGGGGCUAGUCUUAGAAAGUAUUUGGAAUCACAGAUCCAAAUUCUUCCAGGCAUUGAGUCCUCUUGGGAUAACACACAUUGUUCUGAAUUGUUAGUGAGCACUUUAUCCAGUUUGAAGGGUAAACUGGGAAGCUUGAUGCAGUCCUCAUUGUCGUUGCUUCCAGUUGAUGGUUAAUGAAAAACCUUUGAGUUUGUUCUUUCAUUUUUGUCUUCUUCCCAUUCUUGGAAUUCAAUAGAGGAACAUUUUCCUGAACAGGUUUUUUCUUUAUGGAGGUCUGUGUAGAAGGAACGAAAUAUGUGUAUACUUUUAUGCUAGGGGUGGAAAGGUAAUAGAGGAGCAAUCAAUGUAUUCUUUUGUAUUGCUUAAAUGUAUUUUUACAUAGGACAUGUCUGCACCGACUGGACAAUCAUAGAUGGGAUGUAAUUUACCCAAACUUUUUCUCUUUUAAAAGCCCCAUUAGAUUACUGGACUA